AUGGCCUUCGUCGGGAUCUUCACCGGGUUCGGCUCCGUCGGCCGCCGCCGCGCGCUCAGGCGGACGUGGCUCCCAUCCGAUCGGCAGGGUCUCCUUCGGUUGGAGGAAGCUACUGGUCUGGCAUUCAGAUUCGUGAUCGGCAAAAGCAAUGACAAGUCUAAGAUGGCAGCUCUUGAAAGAGAGGUUGAAGAAUAUGAUGAUUUUGUGCUUUUAGAUCUCGAGGAGGAGUAUAGCAGGCUUCCAUACAAAACGUUAGCAUUCUUUAAGGCUGCCUAUGCGUUGUUCGAUUCUGAUUUCUAUGUUAAAGCUGAUGAUGACAUUUACUUGAGGCCAGAUAGACUCUCCUUGCUUUUGGCCAAGGAACGUACACAUACACAAACAUACAUUGGAUGCAUGAAGAAGGGGCCUGUUUUUACUGAUCCCAAAUUGAAAUGGUACGAGCCACAGUCCUUCCUACUUGGAUCAGAAUACUUCCUUCAUGCAUAUGGGCCUAUUUAUGCUUUAUCAGCUGAUGUGGUGGCAAGCCUGGUUGCUCUGAGAAACAACAGAUUCCCUCAUGCUGAAAGCAUAUGCCAAAGCGUGAAAGUUAUACCUGACAUGGAUAGGGAGUGUGGUCAUGUCUCUUUCAUCUAUUAUUUUCGAAUGUUCAACAAUGAGGAUGUUACUAUUGGAUCCUGGAUGCUUGCUAUGAACGUCAACCACGAGAACACGCAUGCUCUGUGCGAACCCGAGUGCACAGCGUCCUCAAUUGCUGUCUGGGAUAUUCCAAAAUGCUCAGGUCAUUUCCUUGACUACUCCAGUUUCUAUCUUCAGCCGACUUUACUUCAGUCACAUAUUAUCUGA